ACGUGGGGCGGUUGCCCCCCCUCACGGGCCGAUUGUAUGGCGGCCUGAUGGGCCAAAAAAUCUGGGCGUAGCCAUCGACCUUUACCAUCGAGGCAUCGACCAUCAGAACGGGUCGGGACGAGCGCAGCAGAGACGCAGAGUCCAGACCUAACCUCCCGCACCGCACCAGACCUCCUCCUGCCCCCAUCGCCGGCGAGCCGCCGCCCUUUCCGCCGGCGAGCCGCCGCCCUUUCCGUCGGCGAGCCGCGUCUCCUACCGCCGGCGAGCUGCCGCUCCUACCGCCGGAGAUGGACUUGGACAGGGAAGAGGACUUAGAGGAGGAAAUCGAUUGGGAAUUGAUAGCUCUUCAGCUGGAUGAAGAUUCAGAGGCAGAGAAGGAGAGGAAUUUAGAGGAAGAAUCAGAGGAGGAGGCGACGGCCACGGCGACAGCGACGCAACAGCAGGCACAAUCAAAUGUUAAUGAAGAAUUCGAUCUAGCAAAUGUUGUUUCUGAUCCUGGAAUGCGGAGACCAAUUGAUGAUUAUCCAACCCCAGAAUUAAGAGAUAAGAUGAGAUGGGCAUAUUUAUGUAGAGGACGAAAUCGUUUGGAUGGUCACAAAUUCCACAAAACAAAAUUUGGUCCACAUUACAGGUCAUUUUUAGCUAAAUGGUAUGACCAAUAUGACUGGUUAGAGUACAGUGUAGAGAAGGAUGCAGCAUAUUGUUUUCACUGUUUUCUUUUCAAGUCUUCAAGCAUUUCUUCACAUUAUGGGCAUGAUGCUUUCACAAAGAAUGGAUUUAAAUGUUGGAAAAAGGGACCAGAACAAUUCAAGAAACAUGUAGGUAAUGCAAGCAGCAUUCACAACAAUGCAAGAAAUAGGCUGUGA